CAAGAACACUGGCACCCCGCGAGGAUCCAGCGCUCCAGCUAGGGUUUACUUGAUCCAUCGCCCCAUCGCCCCAUCGCCCCAUCGCCCCAUCGAUUCAUCGAUCCAUUGCCAUGAACGAUCUUCUCGGGGAUAUUCAGAUCGUCGAGGAUGAAGAACCAGAGAAAGAGAAGAAAUCCAAGAAGAAAGUCAAGAAAGCGGAGAAGAAAAAUGCGGAAGAGGCAGCUCCAGCGGAUGAUAUGGGAAUGACCGAAUUCUUUCAGCAGGUUGCGGACAUUAAAACUGAGAUGGCAAACAUUCGGAAAGCUCUCAAGAAACUCCAGGACGCCCAUGAGGAUACCAAGACUGUCACAAAAUCCGAUGUCAUGAAAGCCAAGAAGAAUGAGAUGGAAGCACAGGUCGAUGUAGUCACUAAAAUAACGCAGGACAUUAAACAUAAAAUAGAGUCACUAGACAAAGCGAACAUUCUGAAUAGGAAAAAACCAAACUGUGGGGAAGGAUCUAGCACUGACCGCACAAGAAUGUCAAUGACAGUAACGCUGAAGAAGAAACUCAAAGACGUGAUGCAAGAAUUCCAGAAUCUAAGACAAAAACUACAAGAUGAGUAUCGCGAAGUCGUAGAAAGAAGGAUAUUUACAGUGACUGGUCAGAAGCCUGACGAAGAGACUGUUGACAAGUUGAUCGAAACUGGAGACAGUGAGACAAUUUUUCAAAAGGCUGUUCAGGAACAAGGCCGAGGCCAAAUACUCGAUACAAUUGCUGAGAUACAAGAACGGCACGACGCAGUGAGGGACAUUGAGAAGAAGCUGCUGGAUUUGCAUCAGAUCUUCAUGGAUAUGGCCGUGUUGGUAGAAGCUCAAGGAGAGAUGCUGGACGACAUUGAGAACCAAGUGUCAAAAGCAGUGGAUCACGUCCAGACGGGAACCGCAGCGUUGGAGAAAGUGAAGAAAUUGCAACGAGGGACGAGGAAGUGCAUGUGUGUUGGCAUCAUCCUCUUGCUUGUGAUUGUCAUUAUAAUCGUUGUUGCGGUCAUACAGCCGUGGAAAUAAGUUAGCAAAGAUUGUGGUAUCAAAGUUUGAAUGGGAAUCCUUCUAUGAUAUCGUGAAAA